GUCAGAGGUCACCGGACGGCAAAGGAGCAGCUCCGCAUCGCGGAUCCCGAGUCCCGCGCCGAUGGCGCCGGCGCAGCGCUGCCCUCUUUGCCGCCAGACUUUCUUCUGCGGUCGCGGGCACGUCUACAGCCGCAAGCACCAGCGGCAGCUGAAGGUGGCUUUGGAGCGGCUCUUGCCGCAGGUAGAGGCUGCCCGCAAGGCGAUCCGCGCCGCUCAGGUGGAGCGUUACGUGCCCGAGCACGAGCGCAGCUGCUGGUGCCUGUGCUGCGGUUGUGAGGUGCGGAAACACCUGAGCCACGGAAACCUGACCGUGCUGCACGGGGGGCUCCUGGAGCAUCUGGCCAGCCCAGAGCACAAGAAAGCAACCAACAAAUUCUGGUGGGAGAACAAGGCUGAGUUCCAGAUGAAAGAGAAGUUUCUGAUCUCCCCCCAGGAUUAUGCACGAUUCAAGAAAUCCAUGGUAAAAGGUUUGGAUUCCUAUGAGGAAAAAGAGGAUGAGGUGAUCAAAGAGAUGGCAGCUCAGAUCCGUGAGGCAGAGCACAGCCGGCAGGAGGUGGUUCGUUCUGUCUUAGAGCCUCAGGCAGUGCCAGACCCAGAAGAGGGCUCUUCAGCACCUGGAAGGUGGAAAGGAACAAACAGCCAAGUAGCCUCGGCCUCACAGCAGCCCUCAUACUUGAAUCUGCCACCAGCCCCUGAGCUUGACUGGAUGGAGACAGGACAACCUCUGACAUUCAUUGGCCACCAGGAUACACCAGGAGUUGGUAACAUCCACUCAGGUGCCACACCUCCCUGGAUGGUCCAAGAUGAGGAAUAUAGCUCUGGAAGCCAACAAAUAGGACCCUCCUAUGAAGAGUUUCUUAAAGAAAAGGAAAAACAGAAGUUGAAGAAACUCCCACCAGACAGAGUUGGGGCUAACUUUGAUCACAGUUCCAGUACCGGUGCUGGCUGGCUGCCCUCUUUCGGCCGGGUCUGGAAUAAUGGACGCCGCUGGCAAUCCAGGUAUGGUCCCAAGUGUCAGGACCCCAACCUCUGCACCCCUUUGGAGGUCUCACUUUGCUAACCUUUCAUUUCCUUUCAGGCAUCAAUUCAAAACAGAAGCCGCAGCAAGAAACAAACAGCAAUGACAUAAAGAAAACAAGCGGAUGAUUUUCUGAUACAUUUGAGCCACAAUAAGGCUCAAAGCCAAGUCAACAAUCUCAUACCUACUACUGUCCUUUGUAAUUGCCCUUAGGAAACAGACACACCCAUUUUUUAAUUAAAGUUUUAUUUUUCAAAAUGUA